CGUACCAUAUUAACCUAUAUCUCUCUCGAUCGCUCUGUGUCAAUACUACACACGUAAUUAUCAUAUAACGUUUUAAUUUUUCUUGUUAAUUUAUUUUAAAAUGUUUAAAUGCGAGCAAUGUUUUUUGAAAUUCGUAUACAAGCCAAAUUUGAUCGCUCACCGAAAAACACACCUCGAAAUGUUUAAAUGUCGACAAUGUCCUUCGGAAUUCACGGUGAAACGUAGUCUAACUAGACACGAAAAAAAUCACAACGCCGAGCGUAUCCCAUGUAUUAGAUGUGGUAUUACGUUCAGUUAUAAGGCCGGUCUCAAUAAACAUUUGAAAAAUGCUCAUGGUAUUGUACAAAUCGCGCCACACGUUUUUGUACCAGACUUACAGCCUGGUACAUCAUCCGUUCGUAAAGAUUGCGUAUCAACUGCACGAGAUAAACAAAACGUCCGCUUAUCACCCAUUCGAGAUAAAGCGAGGGACGAAUUUAUGAGUAACGCGAAUGAAUGCUGGGAGGUUCUAGACGAUAUCGAUCUUUUCGGACAAAAUGAUCGCUUAUCACCAGAACGAGAUAACACGAUGGACGAAUUUUGGAGUAACGUGAAUGACGCUGAAUGCUUGGAAGUUCUAGACACCGUUGAGAAUCUCGGACUUUAUGAUUUUCAAGAUUCAUACACUACGCUCGUUAAUGGCAAACGUGUCUCCAGUGCAAAUACAACGUCGGCUGUUAGGCUAAAAAAAUUACGUUUAAAUCUCGUAAAGUCUUCAGGAUUUACACAAAUCUCUACAUCAUCAAAUCAUACAAUUACCUGGUAUUACGUGAAAAAUACCAACAAUAUUCAAAACUAUAUCUACUUUCUUGAUUCGAUUAAAUCCGAACUAAUCAAUUUACUAAAAUCAAUUGUGAGUAAAAAUCCGAUCAAGUUUAAUUUAAAGCUUGAGGCGACAUAUAAUAUACCGAAUGUGGAAUAUUCAUCGGAAAACCGUGCUUUUAAAACAUCGGCUAAGGCGAUUUUCUGUGAUACCGGAGUACAGGAAAUUGUCGAAGAGGCAUUCGCUAAAUUAAUGAAAGAGCAAGACGAGUAUACAAGCAAGGGUAGUGGUUUCACAUUACAAUGUAUAGACGGUUUAAUGUUAGGUGUGUAUAAAUAUAAACCUAUAGGCGGCUCAUCAUACAUACAACUACCAGGCGCAAUAGAAAAUAAAAAAGCUGUGAUUAAUCCGCAGAACUUAGACUCACAAUGCUUCAAAUGGGCGAUCCUAGCAAAACAUGUCACAGGAAAUAAUAAACAUCGUGUCGGUGAUAAUUAUUUUAAACACCAAGAAAAAUAUAAUUUUACAAAUCUAUCAUUUCCAACACCACUACAUCAGGUUAAAAUUUUUGAAAAAAAUAAUCCAAACGUCUCUGUCAAUGUUUACGGUAUUGAUAAACAAUUUCAACCACCGAAAUUUCCGGAAUAUAAAGUAUUUCCACUAAAAGUAGUACAUGAAGAAAAACCCGAUCACUUUGAUCUUUUACUAAUUUCAGACCAGGACGAUAACACUCACUAUAGUUACAUCUCUAAUUUUUCAAGACUCAUUAGCGCUCAAAAAACCAAACAUAAUGGGCAGUUAAUUUUCUGCAAACGGUGCUUUACAUCAUUCGAUAAACAACAAUACAAAUAUAAAUUAAACGGAGUUGCAGGACUUGAACAACAUAAAUUAAUAUGUGGGGAACACAAGCCCAUACUACCUCAGUUACCUGAACCCGGAUCAAUACUCGAGUUUACUGCAUGGGAUAAAACGCAACGUCAUCCUAUAGUAAUUUACGCGGAUUUCGAAGCAAUUCUAAAGAAAAGUGAUGAGAAAAUUGGAGAAAAAACAACAGCUUUUCAAGAACACGAGCCCAUGAGCUAUGGGUUUAUGGUUAAAGCAAAUGAAGAAAUACCAGUGGAACUGCUUGAAAAAUUCGGAAUUCCGACAUCGCCUGUAAUUUACCGUGGAAAUGAAAAUAAUAAAGACGUGGCGAGACAUUUUAUAGAUAGUAUUGUGAAUAUAGGUCAAAAAAUUGAAAAACUACUCAAAACAAACACCCCUAUAAUUUUCACUAUUGAACAGCGGAGAACACAUGAAACAUGUAAUACUUGUAAUUUAUGCAAAACCAAAUUUUCUCAUGAAAAUCAUAAAGUGGCUGAUCAUUGUCAUUUAUCAGGGAAAUUUAGACAGUCAUUAUGCAAUACGUGUAAUCUUAAACUUCAAACACCUAACUUCGUACCAGUAUUUUUUCAUAAUUUAUCAAAUUAUGAUGCACAUUUUAUUGUCACUCGUCUCGGGUAUGAUACAAACUCUAUCUCGGUAAUACCAAACAGCGAAGAAAAAUUUAUUACGUUUUCAAAAUACAUUAGCAACUUCUUCACAUUAAGAUUUAUCGACACACUAAGAUUUAUGGCCUCCAGUUUAUCAACACUUUCAAAAAAUUUAAUUACACCAGGAUUUGAAAAGUUUAGAGACAGUGCAAAACAUUUUUCUACACAAGAUUUACCACUAGUUACUCGUAAGGGGGUAUACCCGUAUGACUACACAGAUGAAUGGGAUAAGCUUGAAGAAACCAGUUUACCGGCGAAAAAAUAUUUUUACAGUACAUUGGACGAAUCACAUAUAAAACAUGAGGAUUUUGAGCAUGCAAAUACAGUUUGGAAUCAUUUCAACUGUCAAACACUCGGGGAAUACUCUGAUCUUUAUUUAAAAAUCGACGUGCUGCUGCUGACUGAUGUGUUUGAAAAUUUCCGAGAUCUCUGUAUAAGAACUUACCAUCUGGACCCAUCAUUUUACUACACAGCACCGGGAUUUAGUUUUGACUGUAUGCUGAAAUACACGGGUCAACAACUUGAACUGAUUUCGGAUUAUGAUAUUUUGUUAAUGUUCGAGAAAGGAAUUCGUGGCGGCUUGACCCAGGCGAGCAUGAGAUAUGCAAAGGCGAAUAAUGAAAAGACACCAGAUUAUGAUCCAACACAACCAAAAUCAUGGCUUGUUUAUCAGGAUUGUAACAACUUGUACGGUUACGCAAUGUCACAAUUCAUGCCAUACGGAGGAUUUAAGUGGGUUGAGCCGAAACUAGAGGGUCUAAAUGAUUUAAACGAUAGAUCACCAAUCGGGCGGAUGUAUGAGGUCGAUAUAUCAUAUCCGAAAGAACUUCACGACAAGCAUAAUGAUCUGCCAUUCCUACCGAAAAAUAGUAUUCCACCUGGUUCAAAAGUUAAAAAACUUAUGGCGACUUUAGAAUCAAAGAAAAACUAUGUGAUUCAUUAUCGGAACCUGCAGCAGGCUAUAGCCAACGGACUCGUUGUGGAAAAAGUUCACAGAGUUGUGCAGUUUAAUCAGUCGGACUGGCUUAAAAAAUACAUAGAAUUAAACACUGAGAUGCGGAAAAAAGCGAGGAACGACUUUGAAAAGGAUUUCUUCAAACUCUUAAACAAUGCCGUUUUUGGAAAAACCAUGGAAUCUUUAAGGAAACGUUUUAAAAUGGAGCUUGUUUGUAGUGAAAAACGUUUGCAAAAACUUAUAAAUCUUACUACAUUCAAACACUGUACUACGUAUGACGAAACCCUCAACGCUGUCUCAUUAGAAAACAAAAUUAUCAUGUUUAACAAGCCAAUAUAUAUAGGUUUUGCAGUGCUGGAAAUUUCCAAGACCGUCAUGUAUGAUUAUCAUUAUAACGUUAUGCAGGCUCAUUAUAGGGAUAAAAUUGAGCUCAUGUAUACUGAUACAGAUUCACUGGUAUACUAUAUUCAAACCGAUGAUUUUUACAAAGACCUGGAGAAUAAUUCCAAUUUACUCGAUCGAAUGGAUACAUCAGACUUACCACAAGAUCAUCCAUGUUACAUUGCUGAGCGAAAGAAAAUCCCUGGUUUGUUUUCCGAUGAAACAAAUUCAGAGGUUAUGACGCAUUUUUGUGGGCUCAGAGCAAAGUCUUAUUCAUAUAAGAUCAAUGGCAAGGAGAAGAUCAGGGCGAAAGGAAUCCGCGGGCAUGUAGUCAGAAACCAUAUGAAUUUCAACGAUCAUUAUCGCUGUCUGUUUGGUGAUACAACUUUGGAUGUGAUGACGGAGAAUGUCUCUAUCCGGUCGUUCAAUCAUCGAUUGAAGACUAUUAAAUCAACCAAAUUAACUUAUAAUAGUUUCGAUGACAAGAGGGUUAUACUUGAGGAUCAAAUACAUACCUUGGCUCACGGUCACUACUCUAUAGAGGACACCAGAACACUAGAGCAAGCAGAAGCCGAAUUAAUACAACUUCCGGAAGCCGAGAUAGACAGAUAGUUUUUUUUUUUUAUUUAUUAUAGAUGAUUUGUUUUUAUAUUGUAAAAUAUCACUGUAGAUAUUAUUAUUAUUUUUUUUUUUAUUUUGUAAAAUAUCUCUGUAGAUAUUAUGUGGAUAUUAUAUUUAUUAUUAUUAUUAUUAUUGAAUUGAUUCUAGUUAGGAUAGGAUAGGAUAGUAUAGGAUAGGAUAGGAUAGUAUAGUAUAAAGAAAUAACUCAUUGAUAUAAAAAAAAUAAAUAAAUAUGAUAUUUAUUUUUACAAAUUAUUUACAAACCAUUUUCUUAGGCUAAAUACUUUAUAAAAUGAACAUUGUUUAGGAUUGAAAUCCAUAUGAAAAAUACAGCAUGGUAAAGUUUCUUCAUCACAUAUUUGGUCUAGUGGAGGGCACCCCAUGUCGUCAAUAUUGAUGAUCCCGAUGUGAGGAAUAUACUCUAAAAGAAGUUGUUUUUUCUGAUCGCCUUUAACGUAUAUGAAACUGAACUUUAGUGAAUUCAGUACUCUACCUAGUUCUUCAUACUCAACAUCCCCAUAUUCCAAAGAUAGUUUGUGAUAAUUACGCUCCAACCACUUGUUAGUUUUCCGACUCUUGUUAUCCUGUAUUGAUUUUGAAUUUUUAAAAAUCCAAUGUUGAGUGGCCCAUGUUUCUACAUCUACUAUAGACAUUUCUUUUAUCAUGUAUUUAUUAUCCCUCCCGAGAAUGCAAUGGAAAUCAAUGAUGGCAGUAGACAUAAUUAUUAUUUGGACGACAGUACUUCAGGAAUUUGUUUCAACUUGUCUGUAUUUUCUUUGAUAUUUUGUAACAAUGCUUUGAUUUUUAUAAGGUGCUCUUGUAUAUCAUCACACGUUAAUUGAAGUGUUUCAACUUGUUCUUCUUGUGUUUGAAUAGACUUAUGAUUUUCCUCGAGUAAAUUUCCAAAUUUAUCUAGUCUUAUACAAUAUGAUUUGAUGGUUUGUUCGAGAUUUGUUACAAAUUUUCUCGUUUCACCAGCCUGUGAACAUCCGAACACGUUCAUACCUAGAGCUCGACUGAUGCUAUUUUCUAAUGUCACUCGUAUUUAUCCAACUAUUGUGCGUAUUAUCAAACCCUAGCCAUUUUACGAACAUCUGUUUUCCCUUCCUACGGAUAAUUUUCUCGACUAAAUAAUCGUUUGGGAGAUUGGUCUUUUGAAUUUCUUCAGAGUAGAAACAACCUAAAAUCGGGUUUCCUGUAUAAUCUUGUAGUUGAUAAGUAGUGGGGGAUGUCUUGUUUAUUUUGGUUAUUUUAAAUAUUUCUGUGGACCAGCUCGGUAGAUAACCUUUUGUAAAUACCCCUUUAUAUAUACUGAUACGGACGUUAUCACCAAUGUUAAAUUUAAUUUUUCCAUUAAGAAUCGGACGUUGCUUUAAUUUUACCGAAGAAGGAUUGUUAUCAGCCUGUCUGGGUGUCAUAGAUAUUGUUCUGUGUUUUGAAUUAUUAUAUUCAUUAAUCAUAGAUUGUAAAAUAGAAACCCAUUCAUGUGUUCCUCGUGCAGUGAACUCCCUAUACAUUUUUUCUUUAAUUGAUCUGUUAAGGCGUUCAACGAUACAGGCCUUCGUUGUACUAUACGUAGAAUAUUUAUGUAUAUUGUGUUUCUUCAUCAACGCAUCGAAUGUCGCAUUGUAAAAUUCUUUACCGUUAUCGACCUGUAAUAGUUUUGGCGAGCGCUUGAGUAGUAUUUUUGACAUUGCAUUUGAAACUUCUUUAGCCGUUUUCGACUUUAAAGGUAUAGCGAAAGAGUAUUUCGUGUAACAAUCUAUGAUAGUUAGAAAAUAUUUAUAACCUUUAUUCUUUUUAGAAUAAGGUAUCAUUUCCACCAAGUCUGCCUGCCAUAGAUCGUUUUUACCAUACACAUUAACUCUUCGCCUUGUAUAAUUUUUUCUUGCUGGUUUGUGUAGUUCGUUUGCUAUAUCGCGUUUAGACAUUUGGAAUUCGUUUUAUUAAACCCGUUUCAUACAAUUCUUCAUAAAUUGAAAGUAUUUCAUUGGAAAGCCCUGUAUUACCGGCAGCUUGUGAGGCUAAAAGAAGUCGUAACCUAUCAACCAACUCGUUUGGAUCAUUCCAAUAUACUAAAUUAUGCGCUUGUAAUUUCACACCCGAACCCGAGGUGAAUAGCUUGCUAAUAAUUUGCUCAUACUUUGUACCACCCUUCCUAAUUUUUGUCCCGUCCUGUGUUAAAUGUGCCGAAGUAUGAAUCAGUAUUUCUUUAUACGUAUUUAAGUCAUUAGCGGAGUAUUGCAUUGGAUAUCUGGAGCACAAUAACUCGCUAAGCCCCUGUGUCAGUGGAUAAGAGUUUUCUCUCACAACUAUUGCACCGUUUUUAAAUUGUAUUACUUCUGUACCUAAUUUGAUAAUGCCAUUAGAAUAUUUUUUUGGGCCAUAUACUUUAUCUUUUUCUUGGUCUUCUAAUUUACGAAAAUUUGUAAACCGGUUGUCGGAUGCGUUGGAAACCAUAUCAUUAUCGACUUUGGAAGUCUGUAAUUUGUU